GGCCUAAUUAUGACCUUCAAGGCUUGAUUUGAAUGUUCAAGUCACUUGAAACCGUGAUGAGUGAGUGCUGGGGAAUCUCAUUAGUGCCCCACAGUCCAUCAUGCCGAAUUUUUUCAAGCUGAAAAAAUCGAAACAACAGUACAAUGUGGCCUCCAAGUCUGUGUACGUGAUCACGGUGGAGCUCUUGGACAACACCCUGUUAGAAUGUACCCUCACCUCGGAAAGCACGGGUCGAGAUUGCAUGGACAAUGUGUGUCAGAGGCUGGGCUUACAACAACCAGACCUUUUUGGCCUUCGCUAUGUUUCUCGCCGUUCCUAUCCCAAAAUUCGAUGGGCCGACCUGGAUCGACCUCUCAAGAAACAACUGGACAAAUACGCCCAAGAGCCCUAUCUUUACCUGGCAGUCAUGUUUUAUGUUCACGAUGUCAGUCUCUUGGGCGAUGAAGUCACUCGCUACCAUUACUUCCUUCAACUCAAAUUGGACGUGAUUGAGGGCCGCUUGCGAUGCAAUUACGAGCAAGCCAUCGUUCUGGCUAGCUAUUCCUUGCAAGCGGAAUUCGGCGAUCAUGACCCGGAAAAGCACACUCUUGAUUAUCUGCAAGAUUUUCCUCUUCUUCCCAAACCUAUUCUCUCUCAAUUUCCCGAAGACAAAAUUGGCACUCUGACGGAUGCUAUUAUCACUCAGCAUGCGAAUUUGCGAGGCAUUGCUCAGCAAUUGGCCGAGGUUUAUUACAUCGUGGGUGCCCAACAACUCGAUGGAUAUGGACAGGAAUGUUUCUUGGCCAAAGACGAGCGAGGCAACGAAGUCCUGAUUGGGGCUAGUUUGACAGGCAUCGUGGUUCGCAAAGGAAAUGUACUACAGCCCUUGUUCUUCAAAUGGUAUGACAUCACCAAUCUAGUCAAUCACAAGAGAGUUUUUGGUAUCGAGUGUCAAAACUACGAGCUCAGUGUCCAAUUCCUAUUAGAUGAGCCCGAUUCCGCCAAAUAUGUGUGGAAAAUAUGUGUCCUUCAGCACACGUUCUACAAGAUGCACGCCAACGCAUCCGAGUCCAGUGAAUUGAGCAUCACCUUGCAAAAUAGUCGCCAAACAACACCGUUCCAAUCCAAUCAACCGACUCAAUCGAGAGGGAACCCUUUCUUCAUGAACGGGGAACAGAACUACCCAGCUACCAUUCAACACUCGGAGAUCCAGAAUUUCCACCAGCAAACCCAGAAAGUCGAUUUAACGCCGAUCAAAUUCAAGCGACCACUUGGGCUAAACUUGGGGACUCAGGCCCAAACGGUUCAGACGAAGGCAAUCUUGGAGCAAACCACUGGAGAUUAUGCAAAUAAUACUACUCUCCAGCAAAGCUACAAUAACUACGUGUUGUCGAACUCGGCCAUGAAUGUUAAUGAGGUUCCAACUUCUCAACAGCAGUCCCAGCCACUCUCGCAACAAGCGGCUAAUUACAGUAAUCUAGUGACGGAUAGCCACGCCCACUUUCGGCCUGCGCCGGAUUACGAGACGGCUAUUCGUAACAAAUACGGCGUGUUUGCCAACAACAUCCUCGGUGGGCAACAGCCAGGCCAAAUUUACAAUUCUCAACCCUCGCUCAUUACGGAUGCGCUCUACUCUCAUGGCCAAGCUCAGAGGGGCAAUAAUCUCCCUCCAUCAACCUUAGUUAAUGCUCAUCAUCUAAAUUUGCAUCACGUCAACGAGCAAGAGAACAGUAAUCAUCCAAGCGCGUAUUCAUCCACGCCUGAGCUGAACCGCAUGAACCUGAACCACCAAGUGAACGCCACCAACUACUCCAAUAUUCAUGACCAGAAUCAGCUUGUGGCCGAGCUCCAAAGGCUCAACAUAUAUCGUCCUCCCCCGCCUUACCCUGGGCCGUACGCUAAGCUAGCUUCGACCUCCACCCCUGAUCUGGCCGGCCUCAAUUCAUCCGGGGGCGUGGUCGGGUUGAGUGGAUCGUCGCCAGAUCUAGUGUCAAGACGAAACUUGGGAGUGGCUGCCACUCAGCAAGUCCAUCAUCGGACGUUUGAAAACUUGAUGGACAUUACGAAAUUAGCCACCAGCUCGAAUAAUCUUGCCAACGGUCAGCCGACGGAUUAUAGACACGCCUACAGUACCGAAGAGCUCCACUCCUCCGUUGCUUAUCGUCUUGACUCUAAUGCGCACGUGAACAAUAACAACGAGGCGAAGAGCCACUUCGUCCAUGAGGUGUUGCCCAAUAACUUCUUGGCCACUUACGCCAGAGCCAUUCCCAAUGGAAACCCACCGUACGACCCAAAUCGAGUUGCCACCGUCGCCCCACAAGUUCAAGGCAAUAUCAACGACUCUGAGGUAACCGAGCCAAUUUACCAGAACCAACAACAAUUGUUGAUCCAGCAACACAGUAUUGACCUUAGUGAGGAGCCCAUCUAUCAAAAUCUACCCGCUCAUGAGAGGCUUAUGUACAAGCAGAGGAUCUUGGAGGAACUGCAAAGGGAACAACAACUGCAAUUGGACGCCUUAUACACAUCGGACAGCAUUCAUGUGGACGAUACGGUGGACAGUGCGGACCCUCUUCAAAACACGCUCCAGAAUCAUCAGUCAAGUUCGGUAGACCCUACCGUUGGGAACAAGAUCAAAGGCCACGUUUCCCGAGUGGCCAUCACCAACUCCAGAGAGAAUCUAAGUGUAACUAACACAGACUAUUACUCGAGCACCACCACUGUGACUCAGAUUCAGAAUGAGUCAAACAAGAAUGAGGCUAAUGAAGUUGAUCAAAUAACAGCCAGUCACCGUUUGGCGAGUACGCCUCCAAAACCUAAGAGGUCCGUGACUAAGAUUAACAUUGGAGCGGAGAGUAGCAAUUCCUCACAAUCUCAAACGAAAUCCGCCAAUGCCAUUGCGAAAGAAGCGAGUGAAAACAAAAGUCCCGAAGUUUUUGCUCCGAUAACAGAUAAGAAAGUACAGCCUGGUACGGACUUAUCCAACCCCGCCUCACACCAUUCCACCACGAAUGCAGCUUCGAAGAACACGGCUGGAAAAGCGAGCAAUCCCGUAUCGUCGGGCAGGCCAAAAUCCUCUUAUCUUCAUCCAGGGCUCAUUGAUUCGCCCAUGAAGAGAUCGCGUAGCAAGCCCAAUGUAUCGUCGAACUACUUUGAUAGUGACCCCUUUAUGAUGGAUCAGCCCAACACUGCCAAACCAAAUAAUCCCCGAACACCCAGUUCCAAACCUCGAGCGGGUCGAAAGAGGUGGGUCUUGAACUUCGGCAACAAGACCGGGAGUCUCAAAUCCGUCAAAUCCGAAGGGGGUCAUUCACACAAAAGUCAGGAUAGUUUCGAUGGUUCCCUCAAAAGUGGAGGCGGCUUUGGCCCGAUGAUGCUUGCCACCCUUCACGGAUUAACUCGUUCUCGUCCUGAUCUGUUGGCGGAAAGUAUGGCUACAUUCUCUCAACCUUCCAAAAUGCCUAAGGACGAAAUUGGCGCGUAUUUGGAAUCGAAGAUUGACGAGGGAGAGGUCUUGCGAGAGUUUGAGAGGAUCCCCAAGAAGAAACACACCAAUUGUAACUUCGUCGUCGCCAUGACGGCUGAAAACAUCCCUCGCAAUCGCUUCACGGACGUCCUGCCUUACGACGAAAAUAGGGUCAAGUUGUCCUCGGUUGACAAGGACAACAAGGCCGGCUAUAUCAAUGCAUCUCACGUUUCCGCCACGGUUGGACCCGACCAACGGUUUUAUAUUGCCGCCCAAGGUCCACUGCCCAACACACUUCUCCACUUCUGGCAGAUGAUACUCCACAGUGAUGUGCAUUUAAUCGUGAUGCUGACAGACGUGACUGCUUCCCACAAAAGCUCGAGUUGCAUCCCGUACUGGCCGCAAAAGAACGGCUCCACCUUGGAGGUGGGGGAUUUCAAGAUUGUGAAGAAGUUCUCAAGUGAAUCUGGCCAUGGCUCUUACACCACGUCUACCCUUCAUGUCACUCAUAUUCCGUCCAAGACCCAAAGAACCAUUUGGCAUUUGCAAUACUCAGACUGGGCAGACCAUGGCUGUCCUACCGACGUUCGUUCGUACAUCGAGUUCAUGGAGGAGAUCGCAGCUCUUCGCCAGCACACCGUGACCGAAAUCCCAGUGGGAAAGAAUCGCAAUCCGCCAAUUUUGGUUCAUUGCUCCGCAGGGGUGGGUCGCACCGGAGUCACUAUUUUGUGUGAUAUUCUAUUAUAUUGUGUGGACCAUAACUUGGAUAUUGACAUUCCGAAGGUGCUGACUCACUUGCGACAACAACGAAUGCUCAUGGUUCAAACGAUCGCCCAGUACAAGUUCGUUCAUACCGUGUUAAUCCAUUAUCUAAAGCAAUCCAGACUCAUCUAAGACAAAAGUACUCUUAUCAAAAGCAAAUAGAAGUCGAAAGCCGUUCCUUCAAACGUUCUUUUAUAAAAAUCACACAAAGCUUUAUAUUAUCAAUGCUCUCUCAUGUAGAAUACAGUAUUUGUGAUAAAGGUGCCUGAGUUGGCGAUAAUCUAAAGCCAACUAGAUUGAAUUACAUGAUAGUGACAAAAUGUG